AAUAGCCGCGUCACAAACCGUGAAUAGUCCCCGCCUUCCGGUGUACAAAUCGGACAGUCGCACGGCCUGUGGACCAUUCAUAACUCAGAGUACAUCCUAUCCGGCGUUGUAAGGAAGGCUCUUCGCGUAAUUCGGAAGCAAUUUGUUCUGUUAUACAUCGUCUACACUACAACUUUGAAUCUUUUACGCUGUGAUCGUGUUUUGCGCGUACGAACCUAGACCAAGUAUCGUUUGACAAGUUCGUUUUGUUUUUUUGUCGGGCGUGAAGUGGGCUCCUUGUUAUCGCGUUACGAUCUCUACUGAAAUUUUCCAGCCGACUGUUGACUUUACAUACGUGCGUUCAAGCCUUCGCUGCCAUGGAUCUUCUACAGAAGAAUGUGCUUUUCCCGACGCUGAAGGAAUACAGAAGGACGUGUUACGCGUCUGUGUUGUUCACACUGCUGCUAUUUUUCAACGUGCACGAUUCGAGCUGCUUCAACUUGGAUACCUCAGACGCGACCAGGGUCACCAGGACGGGGGCCGCCGGGAGCUUGUUCGGAUUUUCCGUGGACUUCCACGGGCAGGGUGACAGUGCCUGGUUGUUGGCGGGAGCCCCCAAAAGUCAGACCGCCCAGCCGGGUGUUACUGAGGGGGGUGCGGUGUUCCGAUGUGACGUCAAGACCAGUAUUUCCCUCACACCCAACCCCUGCGCACCCAUCCCUUUCGACAACGACGGUGAUGACAGAGGAGUGGACCUGGAGGGAAACAUCCUACCGAAGGACCAGAAGUCAGGACAGUGGUUCGGAGCCACCGUCAAGAGUGCUUCUCCUGCCAAGGAUGUAGUCAUUGCAUGUGCACCACGAUAUGUGUACUACACAGAAACGUUUAAGGAGAGGGAGCCUGUAGGUAACUGUUUCCUCGCUGCUGCGAACUUCUCACAAAUCAGGAACUAUUCCCCCUGCAAGAAGGCGCUUGACUCAGAUUGGGAGAAUAAUAUCGGUUGGAAUCAAGUUAGUUACUGCCAGGCGGGGUUUAGUGCAGAUUUCUCACCCGUAAGUACUCACAGCUCUAACACUCACCACCAGUGCCAGUGCCAUGUCCAUCUGUGUUGCAUGCUGUGUAAACCAACAUUUAUGUUCUUUGUUGUGGUUUUUUUGUUCCCCAUUCCAGACAGCCAGGGUGGUUUCGGCCGCCUUGGCUACUGUCAGGCCGGUAUCAGUUUGGAUUUUGCUAAUGAUGCUGAACAGCUUUUGUUGGGUGCAGUUGGAAGCUACUUCUGGCAAGGGCAACUGUUUUCUAAGACACUGACGUACGAGAAUGGCGUACCAAACUUGGCUGGGACAGAGAAGAAGACAGGAGAAGGGGAUGCUUGGAAAGACGACUUCCAUAUGGGUUACUCCACUGGGUCAGGAGAGUUUACAGGAGACAAUGUGCCCGAGUACGUGGUCGGUGUUCCUCGAGGUCCAGGGUCACCCAACCACCUCAAAGGACAUGUGUCCAUCUAUGACAGUAACCUUGCUGUGCUGCAGGCUAUGCCUGAGAAAACUGCUCUCAUUGGAGAACAGGAGGUGCCAAGACUUGAUGACAUCAUCGUGGGUGCUCCCAUGUACUCCAGCCCGAGGGAGCAUCUCUGGGACCUGGGCAGGGUGUAUGUCUACCACCUGGAACAGCCUGGACUCUCGCCUGUGUUCAGUGAGCCCACCAUCCUGAGUGGGAAGGUUUCCAGUGGAAGGUUUGGAACAUCCAUUGCUGCAUUGGGUGAUGUCAACCAGGAUGGCUUCAACGACAUUGCUGUGGGUGCUCCGUACCAGACUGGUGAGGAGGGAGACAACAUGGGUGCCGUGUACAUCUACCACGGGUCAGCCGAUGGCCUCCGCAGCGAACCAGCACAGGAGAUAAAGGCAUCAGACUUCCCGGAGCCCCUGUCAGCUUUUGGCUUCUCAGUUGCUGGAGCUAAGGACGUGGAUAACAACAGAUACCCAGACAUUGCGAUCGGUGCGUACGAGGCCGACUCUGUUGUCGUGCUGAAGUCCCGCCCCGUCGUGAACGCAGACGUGAUCGUGCAGGUGGAACCGGAGUUCAUCGACACCGAGAACAAAACCUGUACCCUGGACGACGGGACUGCCGUGGUGUGUUUUGACAUCAACGUCUGUGCCUCUUACACUGGAAUCAAUGUUCCUGCAGAAGUUGACCUUAAGUUUGAGGUGACCCUGGAUGCGCUGAAGACAGUUGGACAGCGCGUGUUCUUCAGCGGCAGGGAAACAUCUCAGACCUGGUCGUCCAACUUAAGAAAGGCAGACCCAGACUCCAUGUGUAUCACACAGAAGGCCUUCCUCAGGAACGACAUCCGUGACAAGCUGAGCCCGAUCUCGGUGGCGGUGGCGUACAGCAUGGCUGACCCCGUGACCCUGCAGCCGGACCAGCUCCUUCCAAUCCUGAACCUGAACCAGCCGAGCCGGCGUACGCGCCAGGUCAACAUCCUUAAGGACUGUGGAGCUGACAACAUCUGUGUGCCUGAUCUCAAGGUCUUCGUCUCCAUGCAGGGCACGGACAUCGUUGUUGGAAGUGACAAACAGCUGCUGAUGGAUGUGGUGGUGGAGAAUCACGGCGAGGGCGCGUACGAAGCCCUGCUGUCCGUCAUGCUGCCCGAGGGGGUCGACUUUGUGGGAACAGGAAACCCACGAGGGGGUGCCAUCAUCACCUGUAACCUUCAGGAGGAGGACCAGCGACUGCUGGUGUGUGACCUUGGCAACCCGUUCACAGCGCGACGCACACAGCUCGGGCUGCGGCUGUCCACCGUCCAGCUGACAGGCAACAGCAACUCACUCGACUUCCGGUUCAGUGUUAACAGCACAAAUGCAGAGGAAGCUGGAGACGAAGGAGACAAUCGCAUCACCUUCCCAGUGCCUGUCAAGGUCAACGCCAGCGUUUCUGUUAGAGGCGUAUCUCUGCCAGAACAAGUGGUGUUCAUGAAGAUGGAGAGAGAAUCUGAUGACAUCACAGAUGAGAGGGACAUCGGGCCUGAGGUCACACACAGAUAUGAGAUCCGUAACGUUGGUCCGAGUGACAUCAGCAGCUCCAAGCUGAGGAUCCAGUGGCCGGUGCACACGCGUACGGGGGAGGACCUUCUGUACCUGCUGGCCGUGAACGUAACCCAGGGCAACGGGCGCUGUACCGUCAACGGAGACGUCAACCAUAAAGGAGUCUCUACUCAUUCAGCGUCUGCAGCACAAACAGCAGAAGCUCUGUACGCCCUGGACUCCUCCCGCGCCGCCAGACAUCGCAGGGCAGCGGCAACAACCGACAAGGAAAUCUCACAGAUGGCCAGACCAACUGUCCCCAGCAGCACAGUAAGACACAAAAAGAGAGACAGGAAAAGGAGAAAGAAACAAGGAAAGAGAAACAGCUUGAAGAAGAAAGAGAUUGAAGUGUUUUUCAAUCCACCUACGCUCACUCCUGUACCCAAGGUCAAUGACCUACAGGUCAAUGACACCGAGGAUUGCAUCAAUGCUGAGUGCAUAGUGAUAGACUGUAUGUUGGAGAGGCUGAACAAGGAUAACAUUGCAGUGGUGCAGAUCAGGUCCAGACUGUGGGUGGACACACUUUUGGAGGGAGGUUUUGCAGAGACAACGCUUACGUCUCUGGCAGACUUUGAAGUGUUGGAGUUCCCGUACGCCAUCACAGCAGACGUUAAACCUACGGCCAGGGCAGAGAUUACGACGACAGCAAACCCCAGUAAGCCGUCUGUGGGGAAGCGGCCGGUUCCGCUAUGGAUCAUCAUCCUGUCUGCCUGUGCUGGCCUGCUGCUCCUGGUCCUCAUCAUACUCGUACUCUUCAAGUGCGGUUUCUUCAAGAGACAGUCGAUGCAGGAGUACACGGCCAUCAAGAGAAACCCGCCCACCAGCGAGAGCCCCGACGCAAGCAGCGGUUACAUCAGCGACAAGGCGGACUACUAGGGCAAGACGAGAGGGUCUUGUAUUCUUAUGUAGACCACGGAGUCACUGAAGGUUUAGUCGUACCUCUGAACCAGGCUCUGGCUGGUACAAGAACCCUUGAAACUUUGCUAGGGCUUGGUUCUGAGGUAAAUGAUUGGAUAUUCACCUUUUUAAAGGACAGGUUGAUCAUGGUAUAUUGGACAUUUGUUGCCUUAAUGUAUUCACCUUUGGUUAGGCCCUUAACACAUGGCUUCAUUCCAUAUUUAAACAUUUUUAGUCUUGAUAAUUAUUGGGUUGUUGCAAACUUAAUCAGGUUUUAGAAGCUGGAAAACUUAAUCAUUGAAAACAGUUGUAUAAAUUGCUCAUUUUAGCUGAGCUUAUUCAAAUGUGGGGCUUUUUUAAUGUAACUGUAUAUGCCUUGCAUAUACAGGGGACCAAAUUAAGAGUUGGAUGAUACAAGAAUUUCCUUUGGAUAUUAGAUGAAUGCAAAAUUUGUACAAAUUUUUAUCGAACAAUAACUGGACCAAACAUAACCCUUAGGUUUCCACUUAAGCAUAUCUUCAUCAUUGUAGAAACAAACAUGAUUAUCUGUAGUUCAUGGGCUUAAAGUAUUAUCUGCUUUAAAUUUCUCUGUAUAAGCCUAUCUCAGAGAAUUUAGCACACCUACAUGUACUAUUCUUGGUGAAUCCUUUUCAUACAGUAUGCCUUAGACUUAAAAUAAUUUCAUAGGAAUGAUGUUCUAUUGUAGAAUGUUAAAUAUUUAUGUAUUUUUUGUUUUGACCCCAUGGGUGUAAAUGUUUAUGUGAAGAAAUAUGAUGUUUGUGCAAUUUUGUUUACCAAAUGAUAUACAUGUAGGGUUUUCUGUUACUUAGAGUUAGACCUGAUAAUUUCAGCAUUCAAAAUACUAAUUAUUCCUGAUAUUUAUUUAUCUAUAACAUGCAUAGUGCUCUGAGGUACAGUACAUGGCCAACUGUAGAAUUACACUCUUUGGUAAUUUCUGUUGCUGUUUUUUUUAAACUGUUGAGCACUGAACAUUUGUUCAGCUGUAGAUAAUGCUUGGUUAAUGAUAAACCUAUAAAAAUGUUUGGAAAAACAUCCCUAUACUGAAAUGAACUAUUCCACCCAACAGUGAGUUCUGAAGAAAUGUGGUUGAUACCAUUAUAUAAAAGGGGCUGUUGGUCGUACAUGUAAGUGGUUAAAGAAGCUGGAAAAAAGUCUUUGCUGGGCAAAGAUAUAGAAUGAUAAGACAUUGUACCAUAGUUUGUUAUAUGUUCCCAAACUUGCUUUAAAAUGCACAUUUAUGUUUGAAUAUGACACUUGAUGUAUGUAUUAUUUCAGAAUUUCCAUACACUAUACAGUUUACCUUGUUUACACCAAGAAACUAGUAAGUUUGAUAUAGUAUAAGCCUUUGUACUUUUGUACGUAUCAUAGGUGAAACAUUCUUGUGUGUUAUUCUUGUAUAAAACAGUGAAUUUGUGUAAUACGUAUAUUGAUAAGUACCAUCAAAGAGCUUAAAAUCUAGAAGCUCCUUGGUAUCAUAACAGAUGUUUUAAGUCAACUCUUGUGCAUUUCUAUCUGUUCGGUCAGCUGCCAAAAACCGAUAGGAAUCGUACCUAUGCAAGUACAUUAUUUUUAUGACGUAAGAGUCUAUGUAACUGUAUCUGUUAUGUUUAUUGUGUAUUCAGUGAAGAAAGUUGCUGCACUAGUUUUAAGUAUGUUCUUACUACACCAAACUAACAAUAUUUCCAGACAAAUUUGAUGACAGCAGGAAAGGUGCCAAGCUCUUCCAUUGUCUUUCAGCCAUUGACACUUUUAAAUCAGCCAAAAUAUGUCUGGCAUUCCAUUUAAGAAACAUUUUCUGGAAAGAAGCAGUGAAAUUACAGAUGCCACUAGGGCAGUUAACAUGUUUUCCUAUUUGUCUGGUCUACCAUCAGUUACAAUUCUAUCCAUGACUAGAUUAUGAGGUUGUAUUUUGGCUUGCUUACCUUCCUUGGUGUUAUGUCUAUUCAUACGAGCAAAUCAGAUAUUAACACUUAAACAAAGUAUCCGUAUAUGGUAUAACAAUAACUUGAAUAUCACAAUGUACAGAGAGCUGGAAAACACUGUCACAAUCUACUGUCACUUCUGUUGGUAUUUAUUAGCUAAUAAUAUGAUGACAAGGAAUACUUGUUUGUUUUAAUGAUAAUUACUGUACACAAGAAUGUUCUAUAAAUUGUAUUAUAUCUAUGACUUUGUCACGGAUCCUUUGUAAAAUAAAAGUCUAUGAGUCUGUA